GUCACUCGCUCGCCGCGAAGCGCAUCAUCGUAACACGAGGGUAGGUGUGCGCUGCUCUCUCUCCUUGGUGGCGCGAGCGCACGCGGGACCAUACGAACGGACGGACGGACGGACGAGAACGCCGUCUGUCUGCGCGCCGACGCUUUGGCCGACGCGCGCGAGUCGAAAUUCCGACGCGACGCAACGCGACGUGACGCGACGCGACGCGGCACAAGCGCGUCGCAGCGUUACGCGGACGUUGUUCGCCGGGAGGUUAUCUUCUGUUCAUUCUUACAUGCGAGCUGUUUGCCCGACGCUGUUGCACGUCUGAGCCCGGAGUACAGUGGCCGCAACGUUCAAAUCGCGUUUCCGCGAACGGGAAAGGUUGCGUCGCGAUGAAGCGGCGGAUUUGCGGCCGUUGCUUUGUGAGACGAGUGCUCGGCGAUCAGUGGCAGUGACUUGAGGGAAGUGAACACGGUGCGACACGCGCCUGAGAACGCUUCACGACGGGUUUGGGCUGAAAGGACGGAAGGCGCGGGAGAGGCUCUCUCUUCGGAAGGAGAGGAGAAGUUGCGUGUUCAGGCUGGGGCGGAUUGGCAGCGGUAAAGGAAGAUAGAGAGAAAGAGAGAGGGAGAAAGCGAGGACACGAGUGAGACAGAGAGAGGGAGGCGAAGACACAGAGAGGGGGUGUGAUAGGUGGCGAAAGGACGAUAGGGGGAGAGGGCGACUCCGCGAAGGGUGGGCCCUCCAAGUGUCUUGUCUCCUAUCAUCCUGUCGUCCAGGGUAUCGCUUACGAAUGUCGCGCGAUCGAGCGAUCCGUCUGCGAUCCACGACGACGCGGGACGACGUCCUGACGGCGGACGCGCAUCCUCGCCACUAACGAGCGCACAACCGCGAUCGACGCGCGUAACGUAUUCGGUUCUGCUGCCACUGUGACAUGCGAUCGUGCGAGGAGGACCGCCGGGCCAGGGUCGCGCCGCGCGAGCCAACGGAUUCCGUUUAACUCCGCCGGCGGACCGGUGCCGGCGAGGUGCCGUCGCAGAGACCAGAGGGGCCAGUCAACGGGCUCGAGGAGCCGCUACCACGCGCGACCACGAACGGGAACCGCGGCUUCGUGCCCAAGUUAGUCGCGCCGGGUUAGCUGGACUUGCGGCCGAGGAACUGCCACGGGAGGAGGAGGAGGAGGAGGAGGAGCAAGAGGAGGAGGUUUCCGCGAUCGAGCGGCUCCGCGGCAUGUCCGGCGAAACGGAGAUCGAGGUGUCGGUGGUGUCGGAGGAGGACCUGGAGCUGGAAGGCUCUAGGAGCAGCUCCACGCCGGCGGAGCUGCUGCUGCAGGAGAAGAACGGCAAGUCCGGCUGCGGCCUGAGCAACCACCACCAUUCCUUCAGUUUCGACGUCGGCAAGCCGGCGCUGAGGCCCGCCUGCAACCCUCAAUACACGUCCUUCAGCAUCUCCAGCAUCCUCGGCAGGCCGGAGUCCCCGCCGGUGGACUCCACGUCCACCGUGUCCGGCGAGAGGCAGUCGUCGGACGUCGACAGGACGUCGCCGCCGGCCAACUCGCAGCCGUCGCAGAGGAUCUUGCCGUCCUGUGGCAGCCCUGGCCGAGUCUCGUCCUCCCCCACGUCCCUGAGGCUGUCCGGCGGCCAACGCGGCGUGUCCACCGCCGGUGGACACGUUACCGGAUUGGAGUCCAGAGUCAAUUCCGCGGGUAUCGGUAUCGGGUGUGCUACCAGUGCUACCAGUCCGGCCGCGACCUUCUCGCCGCCCGGUGACGCCUCUAACAACCCUCUGUUGGGCCAUCAGGCAUCGGCGGAUCUCGCCAUGCUAUCGAGAUUGAUAGCCAGCCGAUACCCGGUCGGCAUCGGCGGCCUGUUCUACCCGUCGACGUUGCAACACCUCCACCAACAGCAUCAACAACAUCAGCACCAUUCGCGGCUGGCCGCGGCGGCGUCGUCCGCCCUGAGCAACGCGGUGCAGGUCGCCGGCCAAUCGGCGGACAUCGUCGACGCCGACGGCAUCCGCGGCGUCCUACUCGGCGGCGCCGGCUGGCCGUUUCCAUGGAGGCCGACGCACGGCCUGCAGACCCUCGAGCAUCCCUCGCCGGGCGACGUGGUCGGCACCCUCAGCCGCGUCAGUCCCGCGUCCGCGUCUUUCCCGCAGAGAGACGAGCUCGACGACGACAACGCCGACGAUCGCCUGCACCGUACAAGAAGUCCCUCGAGCGGCGACGAAGCGCACGACGACUUGGGCGACGGGGACGACUGCGCGGACGCCGACGGCGAAGGCGAGUCGACCUCGACGAGCCUCCACGGCACCUCAGUGAGCGGUGGUGGUAACGGAGGCGGCGGAGGCGGUGGCGGUGGUGGUGGCGGCGGUGGCGGCGGCGCGGGAAACGGCAACGGUAACAACGGCCAGAAUAGCGUGCAGGUCGGCGUGGACGGUCGCGAGUCGAACAGCAUAAAGCGCAAGAAGAAGACUAGGACGGUGUUCUCCAGGUCGCAAGUGUUCCAGCUGGAGAGCACGUUCGAUAUGAAGCGCUACCUCUCGUCGUCGGAGCGGGCCGGGCUGGCCGCCUCGCUCAGGCUCACCGAGACCCAAGUGAAGAUCUGGUUCCAGAAUCGGCGGAACAAGUGGAAGCGCCAGCUCGCCGCCGAGCUGGAGGCCGCCAACAUGGCGCACGCCACUCAGAGGCUGGUCAGGGUGCCGAUAUUGUACCACGAGGCGUCGGCAGGUACCGGUGCUUCCGCCGGCGGCGUCACGUCGGUCUCAGUGACGGCGCCGGUACCGCCGCCGCCACCACCUGUCCCGUCGUCGGUUGCGACUUCCGCCCUCUCGCACUCGGCGGUCGGGGUCGGCGUCGGGGUAGGCGUCGGUGUCGGCGUCGGCACUUCGUGCGCGCCCACCACGCAACCCAUCUUCUACUCCCAUCACCAUCAACACCACCAUCACCAUCCGGCGGCCCAUGUACAGGCGCACAGUCUCUUGUCCCACCAGGUGCACCCGCAACCGCCACCACCACCCCCGCCGCCGCCCAACGGCCAACCACCGCGGACGUCCUCGCAAUAACACCGUCCGACCACUUACGAGGGCAGCGUGCGCCUGCACGGGACUGCUGCGAGCAUCAUGAGCGCGACGAUGAUCCCCCCGCCUCGGCUGGACCGCGCGGUCAUCAGGCUAAUCGACGUCGACGAGUGACGUCGUCAUCAAUGGGAAAGGACAGACGCAUGCACGCUCGCUCAUUCGCUCGCACGCAACGCACGACACGGGCCUCUGAUCGUCCUGCGACACCCUUUAACCCCGCGACACCACGGACGUGUUAGCGCGGCUCUCUCCUCGAGAUCGGUGAUCGCCAGUGAGUUGGCUUCUAAGUCUCCCUUGAACAGCGCGCGCGCGCGCGGAUGGCCGAUGGGGGUAAGUGUGAGUACGAGCGAGAAAUGUAGAGUUUUCGUUUAGAUGCGCGUGCCGAGACUGUCUUGGAUUACGCUCGCUUGUGAUGCAAUGGUGACAUUCGUUCAGACUGUAUUUCCGUUUAGAAUGAAUGUUACACUUCGCGCUACAUUGGUGGCGCCAAGUUUGUUCGGAAGACUCGCUCAGCAUUUGAUUUGGGAUACUCUUUCUCCCGUGAAUACACAGAGCCAACAUUGACGAAAAUUUCGUGAGUUUGAAACUCUACGUUUCUCAAACGCGAGUUUGUACUCAUAUUUACUCGUAAUAUUCGUUAGUCAGGAAGAUCCUUCGCAAAUUAUUCGAUCGCUGAUCAAAUCAGUUUUUAAUCAGAGAGAAAGUGAAUUAAUCGGUUUCGAUGAAGAAAAUUUAACGUCAGGAGGUUGCGGUUAUUUGCAGAUUAUUCUAAAAAUUUAUUUCUAAAUGAAAUCGUUUCUAAAAAAAUUAUAUUUAUUAAAAUUUAUUCGUUAAAGAAUUUCUUUGCUUUUUUGAUGAAAAGAUCUUAAUUUAUAGAGCCUAUAUUCGUUUAUUUAUAUGUCUUCCAACUUGCAAUCCUCCGCAAAUUAUUGCGAGUUAUGAAUCUGUUUCCGAUAAACGAAAUUAAAUUCAUUAAAAUUUGUUUUGUUAGAGGAUUGCCUCUUCUUUUUGAUAAAAAGCUCAAUUUACAGACGCAAAUAUUCACUUCUCCACGUAUUAAUUUCGUGGUAAAUAUUUUAAUCUGUUAAAAAGAAGACGGUUCAACUCUCCAUCUUUUGCAAAUUACUUGAUUAUUUCUGAUAAAAGAUAGUGCAUUCAUUGAAAUCUGUUUCGAUAAAAGUAAUUAAAAAUCAGGAGGAUGCAAUAUUUUGCGAAUUACUCGGCGAAUCUGUUUCCGAUAAUCGAAAUUAAAUUCAUUAAUAUUUGCAGAAUUCCUUCUUGAUAAAAAGUCUUAAUUUACAGACGCAAAUAUUCGCUUCUUCAUGUAUUAGUUUCGUGGUGAAUAUUUCAAUCUUUUAAGAGGAAAGACGUUCCAACUUGCAACCCCUCGCAAAUUACUCGAUUGAUCUGUUUCUGAUAAACAAACUUAAAUUCAUCAAAAUUUAUUUCGCUACAGGAUUCCUUCUGCUCCUUGAUAAAAAGAUUUUAAUUACAGGCGCGAAUAUUCGCUUCUUUACGUAUCAGUCUCAUUUCAAUCUUUCAAAAAGAAAGACGUUCCAACCUGUAUCUUUAAACGUCUAGGAACGUUAGUGAUAUUCGUGCUUGACCGCAAGAUCACGCAAGGGAACUGAACUGUGAUUCUAAUGAUUUCGCGUCCCUUCCUUAAAAGCCACGAGCUACGAGAGUUGGCGCGAUCUCGUAUGGUUUCUUUUCCGGUUUGCCGGCGUGUAACAAUAAGCGCGCCGUUCACCUUCGUGUCAUUUAGCGCGCGAAAUAUCACGGUUUUACGAUCGACGGACGGGAAUCAGACUCUAUUUUGCGCUCGACACUUGACCUCUGUAAAUAGGACCCUGAUAGAGAUAGAGACUUCUAUUCCGCGACACGCGUGAAUACUUCGAUCGGGGUGAAGAAGAAAAAGAAAAGGAAAGGAAAGAGAAGACAAUUCGCGCGGAUGCGAAAACGGAAACGUGCCGUCCCGCGUGCGACUGCGCGAUAUUUUAAUCGUUCGUCGAUCGUAUCCGUUUCUAAAGGUCGUUUGCCCGUGUAAAUAUACUUUUUGCGCAAAGAAUUUAAUUCGCGCGUGCAAUCGCGAAUGCCGAGGGAGACGCUGCGCGAGCCCGUGUGACCGGAAGCUCCGUUAAUGUAAUCCGGGGAUUAAAAUUUCGGUGCGAUCUCGGCGAGUCCAAUUUCCGAGAUAUGGGGAAAAAGGAAGACGAGGAGAACCUUAACGUGACCGAGCGACAUGGGCGCGCGCGUGCGAGCGAGCACAGAAAUCGUUCCCGUGUGUUCGCGGAAAUUGGAACUCGCCGGGAUUACGCUGGUUUCAAUACCUGAUGUAAUUCGGGAUUUGCUGUGGUUGUAAAAUUCGACAUAUACACGCAAACACAUUCAACAGACGCAUACACACACACACGCACGCGCGUGAACAAAUACACUCACAUGUUAAGACACAGGCAGGGUUCCUACGAUAUAUUCCACCUGUUGUGAUAAGUAUCUAAACGAAUAAUUUUAUUAAACAGAACGGUAGAGCUACGAAGUACCGCCUCUCACAUUGUAUAUCACCUAUCUAUAGACGUCAAUUAAGGAGAAGGUUCGCCGUACCGUGUUUUAUACGGACAUUUGUGAUUCGGGAUCUCGAAUUAUUGUACAGCCGAUCGUUUCGUAAUCGCUAAUAAUGAACGUUGAACCAUACAAUGCACGUCGUUCGAAUUUCCUCUACUCAAAGAUCCAACACAUCGAGGAUCUACGUCACGAUCUCUCUCUCUCUCUCUCUCUCUCUCUCUCUCUCCCCCUUCACCUUUUUCUCUCUUUUCUCUCCCCCGUAUUAUAAUACGCGAAUUUUCGACAGUUGACGUCGCGGAAUCGAACAAUCGAAAAAAAACAGGGAAAAAACACGCGAACGUAUAUCGUUUAAACCGCGUUUUUGCCGCGCGACGUCCAUAAAAAGAUAGCCGAUAGAACAAUGGAACGUACCGGUGGUGUUCACAUAAA